AUGGACAUUGUUGCUGCCCGAUAUCAGGUUGCCAGAGGGAGCUUGAACUCUUCCACACGAGUGAAUUAUUUAGUAAAUGAUUUUGUUUGCAUCUCCAUCCAUCAGGUAGCUUAUUAUAGAUCUUGGCCCCCAAUGAAGAUGGUGGUUUCGAUCACAACUCCGAAGAAAAAGAAGAAGAGCUUCAGGAAAACACUCGUUGUCAAAGAAGUCAACAGCGCCAAAAAUCAAGUUUAUACCAAUAUGAAGAAAAUCAGCGGCAACCCGCGUCAAUUGUCUUUCUGCGGCAACGAGAUCAUCGAAGUGGCCAAGCUGAGGUCGGAACUUUCGGGCCACCAACCCGCACCUUGUUAUACCACUAUCACCUUCACAACCAACCUCUUGUCGCCAUUGGUAGCUGAAACAUUUGAGCAACUUAAAGAUAAAGCACACAAAUGUAAAAAAUGCAAGGAAACUUUUACUUUUGAAAUGAAUUAUCUAUUACAUCGCGAAGUUUGUGACCCGGAAAAGAUUUUUAUUUGCCCUCAGUGCAAAAGAGAGUAUGCUUCAGCCCAAAGUUUCUAUAAUCAUCGAAGAUAUGAAUGUGGAAAACCUUUUGAUCAUAAGUGUCUAUAUUGUCCAUAUAUGACCAGAUUGAAAGGAAACUUGAAAGGUCAUGUAUUAAGGAAACAUCCUGAGAAGAAUUCGCUGAAUGGUAAGAGCUCUUGUUUUUCAACCAAAGGUUCCAGGUUCGAUAUCCACUUCAGACAACAUGAUAUCAAUCGUGAUAUCUCUAAAAGUAAAGAUGGAAAAUUCUACGCGUCCAAAAAAUCUUUUUCUUCCAUUGGCAAAGCUCAGGACCAAAUACCAGAAAUGGAAAGUUUUUACUCUUGUCCUCUCUGUGGGAAAAGUUACACAUAUUGCACUAGCAGAGAUACACACUAUGAAAAAUGUAAACUUAUGUAUAAUAGCAAAUCUAUGGACAAUAAACGACUUUACAAAUGCCCGAAAUGUGGAAAGCCUUACAAAAAUUCUGGAAGUAUAGCAAAUCAUCUGCGAUUGGAAUGCGGAAAGGAGCCUCAAUUUCGUUGCACAUUAUGCGAUUAUACAUCCUAUCAGAAAUUUCAUUAUCAAAGACAUUAUUCAUCUAAACAUAAUUUGGACAUUACUGAGUCUUCAUCUAAGUCAAAUUUACAAGGGAUACUGCCAGUUACCUAUAGUGAUCAGUCUGAUCCAAAUAACCAGUUUUUUGGUCACUAUUCAGAUGAGACAUAUAACUAUGGAUCAGGAUUUGGUGCUGAAUCUGAUUUUUGGAACCAUCAACAACAUCAAAGAUCUGAAUUAAAAAAGCUUCAUACUUGUUCUCGUUGUCUGGGAAAAUUUUCUUCGUCCAGAAGUUUUUGGAACCAUCAACGAUAUCAGUGUGGAAAACCAGCAUCGAAUAAAUGUGAAAAAUGCGACUAUAGAACUAUUUUGAAAUACAAUUUGAAAAGACACAUGUUGACUAAGCAUAGUUAA